AUCAAGUUUCAUUCAACCACAAUCCACAAAGAGAUACUGCUUCAAAAGCUUCUCAUCUUUACCAUCUCCCAAAGGAUUAAUCUUUUCUUCUGGGAAUAUGACCAGCGAAAUUCCUCAGCUUCACAUGUUUUUCUUUCCCAUCAUGAUUCAUGGCCACAUGAUACCAGUAGCGGAGAUGGCCAAGCUGUUUGCUUUGCGCGGUGUGAAGGCAACCAUAAUCACCACUCCGCCCAAUGCUCCUCUCUUCUCAAGGGGAAUAGAAAGGAGUAAGAAUUUGGCUGUGGAUAUUGAUAUCAAAACCAUCAAGUUUCCUGCUGAGGCUAGCUUGCCUGAGGGAUUUGAAAACCUAGACCCUUCUAAAGAAAUGGGAAUGGAUAUGGUGAAAAGAUUUCUCUUGGCCACAACUCUGCUCCAAGAACCCCUGGAGCAGCUGCUACAAGAAUUCAAACCAGAUUGCUUGGUUGCAGAUAUUUUCUUCCCUUGGGCCACUGAUGCUGCAAACAAGUUUGGAAUUCCCAGGCUGGUGUUCCAUGGAACGAGUUUCUUUGCUAUGUGUGUAGGACAUUGCUUGUCGCUAUAUGAGCCGCACAAGAAAGUGGACUCGGAUUCUGAACCAUUUUUGGUGCCAAAUUUUCCUGAUGAAAUCGAGCUAACAAGAAAGAAGUUACCAGUGUUCAUGACACAAGAUACUGGAGACGACACCAUGAGGAUGUUAAUGCCAUCGAAAGACUUGGAGAUGAAGAGCUACGGGAUGAUUGUCAACAGUUUUUAUGAAUUGGAAGCUACUUAUGCUGACUAUUAUAGGAAUGUUUUGGGGAUAAGGGCAUGGCACAUUGGCCCUGUUUCGCUUUGCAACAAGGGAAUUGAAGAUAAAGCAGAGAGAGGGAAGAAAGCAACCAUUGAUGAACAAGAGUGCUUGGAGUGGCUCAACUCGAAAAAACACAAUUCAGUUAUUUACAUAUGUUUUGGAAGUAUGGUCAGCUUUACUCCUGCUCAAUUGAAGGAGAUUGCGAUUGGGCUUGAAGCUUCAGGGCAAGAAUUCAUCUGGGUCGUGAGGAAAGAGAAAAGUAGUGAUGAAGAAGGGGAGUAUUGGUUACCAGAAGGGUUCGAGAAGAGAAUGGAAGGGAAAGGGCUAAUAAUAAGAGGAUGGGCGCCUCAGGUGCUAAUUCUAGAGCAUCCUGCAGUUGGAGGAUUUGUGACUCAUUGUGGAUGGAAUUCGACAUUGGAAGGUGUGUCUGCUGGCGUGCCAAUGGUCACUUGGCCAAUCUUCGCAGAGCAAUUCUAUAAUGAGAAGCUAGUGACUGAUAUUCUGAAGGUUGGAGUUGCCAUUGGGGUUAAGCAGUGGGUUAUGGUGGUGGGGGACUUUGUGGAAAGUCAUACGAUUGAGAAGGUAGUGAAGGAGAUUAUGGUAGGGAAGAAAGCAGAGGAAAUGAGGAACAGAGCUAAGGCAUUUGGAGAAAUGGCAAAAAGGGCUGUCGAGAAAGAUGGUUCCUCUUACUCAGAUUUGAAUGCUUUAAUUAAGGAAUUAAGUUUGCGUCGUGCUUAUUGAAUUUGAAUGAACCUAUGAAGAAAAAUAACAACAGAAUUGAACAAAUGUCUCAAUUCUGUGUAGAUUUUCUUUAAUUUUGUUUUGAUAUUUCCUUGAUGGUUUGUGGAAUUUUUCUCUUUUUUUAAUAAAUGCAUUGUAUACAG